CGCCGCCGCGCCUGCCGGGGGGCCUCGGGCGCCCCCGCCGCCCGCCUCACGCUGAAGUUCCUGGCCGUGCUGCUGGCCGCGGGCAUGCUGGCGUUCCUCGGUGCCGUCAUCUGCAUCAUCGCCAGCGUGCCCCUGGCGGCCAGCCCGGCGCGGGCGCUGCCCGGCGGCGCCGACAACGCCUCGGCCUCCUCGGCCGCCGCCGCCGCCGCGUCCCCGGGCCCGCAGCGCGGUCUGAGCGCGCUGCACGGCGCGGGCGGCUCGGCCCGGCCCCCGGCGCUGCCCGGGGCGCCGGCGGCCAGCGCGCACCCGCUGCCACCCGCGCCCCUCUUCAGCCGCUUCCUCUGCACGCCGCUGGCGGCCGCCUGCCCGUCGGGGGCCGAGCAGGGCGACGCGGCGGCCGGCGAGCGGGAGGAGCUGCUGCUGCUGCAGAGCACCGCCGAGCAGCUGCGCCAGACGGCGCUGCAGCAGGAGGCGCGCAUCCGCGCGGACCAGGACACCAUCCGCGAGCUCACCGGCAAGCUGGGCCGCUGCGAGAGCGGCCUGCCGCGCGGCCUCCAGGACCCGGGGCCCCGCCGCGACGCCAUGGCCGACGGGCCCUGGGACUCGCCGGCUCUCAUCCUCCAGCUGGAGGACGCCGUGCGCGCCCUCCGGGACCGCCUGGACCGCAUCGAGCAGCAGGAGCUCCCAGCCCGUGUGAACUUCUCAACCGCCGCAGCCCCUGCACCUGCGGUGCCCACCGCCCUGCACUCCAAGAUGGACGAACUGGAAGGGCAGCUGCUGGCCAAGGUGCUGGCCCUGGAGAAGGAGCGCGUGGCUCUUAGUCACAGCAGCCAACGGCAGCGGCAGGAAGUGGAGAAGGAGCUGGAUGCCCUGCAGGACCGCGUGGCCGGACUGGAACAUGGGUCCUCGGCCUACAGUCCCCCAGAUGCCUUCAAGAUCAGCAUCCCCAUCCGCAACAACUACAUGUACGCCCGUGUGCGGAAGGCGCUACCCGAGCUCUAUGCCUUUACCGUCUGCAUGUGGCUGCGCUCCAGGUCAGAUGGCAGUGGCCAGGGCACACCCUUCUCCUACUCCGUGCCCGGGCAGGCCAAUGAGAUUGUACUGCUGGAGGCGGGCCAGGACCCCAUGGAACUGCUGAUCAAUGACAAGGUGGCCCAGCUGCCUCUGAGCCUGAAGGACAAUGGCUGGCAUCACAUCUGUGUCGCCUGGACCACGAGGGAUGGCCUGUGGUCCGCCUACCAGGACGGGGAGCUGCAGGGCUCUGGUGAGAACUUGGCCGCCUGGCACCCCAUCAAGCCUCAUGGGAUCCUCAUCCUGGGCCAGGAGCAGGAUACCUUGGGCGGCCGGUUUGAUGCCACCCAGGCCUUCGUGGGUGACAUCGCCCAGUUUAACCUGUGGGACCACGCCCUGACACCUGCCCAAGUCCUGGGCAUUGCCAACUGUACCGGGCCACUGCUGGGCAACGUCCUCCCCUGGGAAGACAAGCUGGUGGAGGCCUUCGGGGGUGCAAAAAAGGCCACCUUUGAUGUCUGCAAGGGGAGGGCCAAAGCAUGAGGGGCUGCCUCAUCCAGGGUCCCUCCCUUGCCUGCCAGGGGACCUUAUGGUGGGGGCACACAUUCCCUCCUCAGCCUACCCACACACUGACCUCCCUUCCUGCCCCGCUCCUGACCAUGCCACCUGUUUCCCCCCCUAUACCCACACCUCCAGAAUGCCCUGCCCUGCAGCGCCUGUCCCUUAACCCCACUUGGAUGGGGACAAGCAGCUCAAGCCAACAGGCCAAGCCUGGGGUGAGUCCAGGGCCUGGUAGGGGGUAGUAGCAGAGCCCCCCCAGCACUGCCUACCCUCUCAGCAUUACACUGGAGCUCUCUCCUACCCCCACCCACGCCGGCCCAUCAGCCACGUCUGAUUCCACUGAUCUCAACAGCAUGUCCCACAGGGUCGUGUAUGAGGGAAGGACCCACUAUCUCAGCGGCAGGCUUGGCUGUCUGCCCUCCUGUCCCCCAUGCAACAGGCCUGGCCCCUUCCCCUUCAGGGACACAACAGACUCUAGAGCCAUCCCCCGAGCUGAGAAGGGGAUGAUAGAGACAGGAAACUCAGACUCAUCCCUCCUCCAUCUUUCCACCCGUUGCCAGUGAAGGGCCACGGGAUCUUGACGGAGCCUCCUGCACCUUCUCUCUUCCUCUUCCCUCGUUUCUAUGUGUGCAAUGGUUUGAAUGUUGGUUCUAUGCCUGGCCCACCCCCACCUCGAUUUCCAGGACAUCCCCUUCCAGCUCCAGCCUGAGGGACAAGACCCUGGGAGGCCCAAAGGCCAUAGUCACCCCUUGUGCCCACCCACACGUGUGCUAACUGGCAGGUCACCUCUCCAUGCUGAGGAUGGCCUGGGCCACUUCAGCCUGGGCUAGGAGCAGUUUGUGUCAGAGACAUGUGCCCAGGGGACCCAGGUUACAGCAGAGCCACAUUACCUACUCCCUCUGCAUGGCCCUGCAGCCUCUGUGGAAAGAGGGGAGAAACCAAGUAGGCAAAGAGGGCAGAAGCACGGAGUGGUGUGCAGAGCACUGGAUGAGAAGAAGCCCAUGGUUGCUGGUUAGCCUGACUGCUAACCUGCUGUGUGGCCUUCUGUGAGUCCCUGCCCUCUCUGGCUCGGCCUUCCUCAUUUGUAACCCUUGCUUUGGUCAUUCCGGAGAGCUCUCCAGAUUAGAUGUGAGAUGGUCUGUGGUUCCAAGCGGAUCAGAUGCGGCAAGUCUGAAGGUGCCCAGGAACCAGAGGCAGAUCCUGAGAGUAAGUAGAAGAUGGGAUCUGGCCAAGCAUGGGUCAGGGUCAGCAGCGGCCUCCAGAAAGUCAGGGGCAAGGGCAAGGGACAAGGCAGACCAACCUCAUGCACAGAUUGUAAAAACUAGCUUUUCUGGAUCCCCACCACCACCACCACCACAGCCUGGCACCCUUGCCCGUCUGAAAGGGCUGGUGGUUUCCAGCUCCCCACCCUGAGUCCUCACCAGCUCCCCCAAGAGAGUGGAAGAAUGUAAAAGCUGAGAAAAACCACCCAGUCUGACUUCUUGCUUGUAUAGAUGGGGAAGAGCUCCGAGAGGUCAAGUGACUUACACAGGAUUACACAGCACAAUGUGGCAGAACCAGGACUAGAUCCCAGGGCUUCUGACACC